AUGCUUGACUGCUACAUGCAGCCUGUUGCUGGAGAGGGUUGGCAGGCCGCUGGCUGGGUUUCCUUCGCCUCGGAGUAUCCAACAUUAGCCGCUGUGUGCUGGCUGUUUUUCCCUUUGGGCAAGCCUCGCUUGUUGGCCACCAAGCAAUAUUAUGCUGCUUUGCGGGCUACAGGUUGUUUGGCUUUGUCGCCUAAGACCAGCAAAUCCCCAAGAGACCAUACCACCGGAGUUUCAAGUCGCUACUGCUGUCAGUGCCUGAGCUGUGUGAACUGCAGGUGGCGCUGUCUUCAGUGCAAGCGCGCAAGUUUUGUUUCCUCUUUGUUGUGCGAGCUGGCUUGCCCUGUUAGACACGAUGCUUCGGCAUGA